UGUGCGCGUCUCAGAGCUGCGCUCUCCCUGACACAAUCUGUUUCAUUCCGUCCUGUCCGGAGAAGAGGAGCCGCUGCCGGCUCAUCCUCUGCGUGAGGAAUGUAAUCCGGCGAGGCAAGGAUUACAUUCUGGGCGCAGGUGUUUUGGGCGAUGCUGCUCACGCAGCCGGAGGUGGCAAAGGGUCAACGGCCUUGGCUGACCUCUGAACCACCGGAUCCACGAUGAACCACCGAGAACCUCGUCGCGGGGUAGAUCUCAGCUUCUUAAACAAGGAAGAAGCCCAGCAGAUCUUCCAAGUGCUGCAACGAGACUCAGACCUUAAACGGGCCGAGAAGGAAAGAGUCAGUAAACUUCACAAGAAAAAGGAAGAUUCGUCAGGACUUCCAGGGGUGACUGGAGAAUGGUUUGAAGAAAUUCAGAAGAGAAAAUUUCAGAAUGAUGCUGAUGUUGGCAGAAUGUUAAAACAACCAUUAGCUCACAGGCUACGGAAGGCCACAGGAAAUGAUUCUACAAAUGCAAAACCGUCUGUCCCCCAGACCCCACAAGCUCAGAAGAAUGCCUCGCCUUCCAUCUUGGGAGGAUUACGGACACCUUUCGCCUCUCUCCUCUCCUCCUUCAGAAGAUCCAAAAGGCAGCAUUCGAAGCCCCCCCAAAAGCAGCCACAAUACUUUCCACGAUAUGACCACUUUGCUGCGGGCACCCCUACGUCUUCCAAAGUGGAGGAAAUGGCAAAGGUUGAAACGUGUGACUCCCCUUUGCCCUCUGAACCAGCAAAUAAGUGUUCUGAUGCAAGCCAAGCAGAGAUGAUGGAGGACAGCACAUGUACCUGGAAUGAGCAGCUGGAAAAUGAGCUGUUACGAGUUCUGGGCAGUCUGGAUGACCAGCUGGCACAGGAACAAUCCCGAGAUGCGGCAAACAGGAGGACUUCAAUAGACUCAGUUUCCAGAGCAUCAGACACUAAUCAGUAUCUGACUGUUACUCCACCAAGUGUCCUCAGAGCGGUACACAGAAAUGACCGGAGCAUGUUUUUGUCAGACAGAACAAGGACACUGCGCGCCACAGAUGAGCAUAGAACUUUAUUUAGACCAAGGAUGCUAUAUGAUGCAUAUAUGAAGAGGCACCAUGCAGAAGAUUCCACCUGUUGGGAUACUUAUGGCAGAAGGUCUCAUGUCUUGAAGAGAAGGCAUUCUACUCAUUCUCUUGGACAUUGCUCAGAAGGUACCUUGCAGAUGCCUUCAGGACAACACAGCAGUGGAUUUGGGCAAAAGGACUUCAUGCCCGGGGAUACAGUUAGCAGAAGUUACUCUUUGUCUUGCCUUGCGAGGCGCCAGUCUUUGACAUCUGUUGACCAGCUUUCCCCAGCUACCCCGCAGCAUCCUUUGGAGAGUAACAGCGUCUUUGCACCAAGGGUCUAUCGCCACCAUCCCAAGCGGACUCCCCUAUCAUCUAUUGACUGGAAUCCUCCACAAUCUCCUGGACAUCCACUAUGUCCAGACAAGCUUCUUAGGACGCAGUCGUUAAUGGAGUUUGGCCCAGUGUUUGAAGAUACAUAUUCCUGUUCUCUGCAAGAGAAUACAAGAUAUGAAUUUUACAGAACAAAAACAAAUUACAGAAGAUCAGUGCCAAAUAUGAACAAUUCCAUUUUGGCUGACAAACAUACAGACCCUCUGGGUUUGGACAGUCAGGAGAAUGUUUUACUCCAUCAGUUGGAAAGGAACGUUUCAAAGCCCCACUACAGAUACCCAUCAUUUCAUGGUAGGAUGAACCUGUCCCGCAAGAGUUUUCCUUCUGGAAGAAUAGAAGAGCAGCUUUUUAGGCCUAGUGGCCAACAUUAUUACAAUGAUGAAGUCUUUCUUGCCUCGGAUGUCAACUUCAAAAGGACUCCAACUUAUCUGAGAAAUUGGGAAAGUGCCUUUGAAAAUAAAAAGGCUUUACAAUGUGAGAUUGAUGCUCAAAGCCAGGUAUCAGAAUAUGUGAGGAGCAUGGAUCAUUCAGAAGGUAUAAUAAACAAACCAUUUUUAAAGCAUGCAAACAGCAUAGACAGCUGUCCAGCAUAUGAUAUAUCUGUUGGAAAGGGCCAAACCGAAUAUGCAGCACAAAGACAAAAUCCUUUCAUUAGAGCUGGGCACAUUUCCUCAAAGACUUUGACUAAACACCUUCAAAGCAAGAAAAAAUUUAAAACACCUGCCACAGAAGAGAUGGGUGCUGACCAGUUGGGUAAAACUGACAAUGGAGAUGUAAUUGACAGGACAAGACUACUUUCUGAUCAAGUGGACACAAAUAUUCCAGCAGAAUCUUGGAUGCCUCCUUGCUGGAACUCUUCUGCAAAUGACCCACAAGCUGGUACAUCUCUUAAUUCACCUCUCUUACUGUGUUCAAAAGGGGAGGGCAAAUCAGCUUCCAUAAGAUAUGCUGAAAACAUUCAUUUAUCAAACAUUCACAACAGAAAUGGACACAGUAAUGAAGAUGAUUGUGCCAUAAACAAUGAUCUCGAUCAAACACCUCCCACUCAGUUAACUGCUAACAGCUCAAGGACAUCAGUUCUUCAUAUUGUGGAACGAGAGGGGCAUCCUUCAGAAACCUUGGGAGAUUUCAUGCCCAACAAGUCAUCUGGGGAUUGCUCAUCUGCUUUGAACAAAGGUCCCAAACUAAUUGCACAUGAUGAAUUACCAUAUUCUUGCACUGAAAAGUUCAACAAGCAUAACAGAUUUGCUCGACAUACAACUAGCAACAGCAUCACUGGCUCCCCCAGUAACAGCCCUUCCAAAUCCCCUGUAAUGUAUUAUACCUUACCUAGAAAAUCAGCCAGUACUGAUGGUAGUGUUAUAUUGGAGAAACCUAUCUCUUCUGCUACAAGACAAAACCCAUUCAAAAAUAGGAUAGCUGUAGGAGAUAAUUUAGAAACACUUGUAUCAAAUAGAUUUGAAAAAAAUCCUUCUUUUCAUAGAGCUAAAAACUUCUUGCUAAGUUCAUCUCGGUCUUCCUUAAGCCCAUCACCAAAAGAUGGCACCUGUAAUAUUCCACAAACUAAAGACUGCCAUUUGCUAAUAACCCAAGAUCCUAAGCACUCUGUAGUUGAUUCUAAUAUCAAGGAAAAAGCCAUUGAAUGCAGUCCAGACAAAACUGAAAUUUCUCUGCUUUCUCAAUGCGAGGAAACUGAUGCAGGAAAUCUUUUAAAGCAAUACAAAACUACCAGCACGCUUACAGUUAGCAUUGAGGAAGAUAAUGUAAAAUACCAUGAGUUGAUUUCGGUUUAUUACACCUUACCACGGAAACAGUCAAGAACGUUGUGCAGCCUCUUUCUAGAUGAUACGCAGAGCACAGAUUCUUUCCCAGCCGAAGGAAAAUGUCAGACCCCUCAAAAGAAAUAUGAUGUUCAUAUUGGUUUAGCAACUGUAGCUUUUUCUUCCGACUUAGAAAAAGAAGAAAAGGCAGAUUCUCCUGGCAAAAUGGCUGCAACUCCUGAUUUGACUCAGAACUCAAACACUUUAGAUGAUGCUAAUAAAGAAGGUUCCCAUCAUGUUCUAAAUUCAAACAUGGAGAAAGCAGGUGUUUCUCUGUCACAAAGUGUAGUGCAUAAGGAAGAAACAAUUGGAUUUCCAACAGAAACACCAGCCCUUGUAUUUUCCAACAGAGUAGUAUCACAUGGUCUGCCAGGUGACCCAAAACCCAGUAAAACAGUGGAUGAAUCUGCUAGCACUACUACCAAUGGACUCUGCAACCAACAUGGUGGCAAGUUACCCUCACCACUGAAGGAAGAGUCAAAAGUUGAUGCAUCAUUAAACCUCAGCUCAUUAAACUCCGCAGACCCCAACAUCUCCUUAGGGAAUCUUGCUUCCAUUUCUGCUGCAAUGAAUGUCCUAAAAGAAAGCCCUGUAUACUUUAAGGCAUCAACAGCAAGCAGCUAUCCACAUCUUCCAUCUUCCAAUUUGAUUACUAAUAACCAGGAAGAAAAAUACGCUGCAAAUUCAAAAAUCAUCACCACACUAAACACUACUAAAGAGAGAAUUAGGCAAGAUGUAGAGAUCGAAGAAAGGACACAUUAUAGAAGCCAUAUUAUUUUGAAAAAGGGGAAUGGGUUGCAAUCAAGAGAUAAAAGUGCAGGGAAUAGAAUGGAUGAAGAGACCACAGAUGAAGCAUCUGUUUUAGGGACCAAGGUACAUUCUGAUUUCCAGAACCAAACAUUACAAGCAGAUGUAGCUUCCACAGUUAAUCCAAUACUUCAGCCAAAUAUGAGUGCUUUAGAGUAUGCAAAAAAACAAAAUGAGAUGCUUCGGAAUUCUCUGCUACACAAAGAUUGCACAAAUCCACAGAGAUCUGUGAAAAACCCUGUAGAUAAGCGGAGCCUUAACUCUAAAGAUCAGCUCACAAGUACCGCAGAGGAUCUACCUGACUGUUUAGGAACUGAAAAUAAGCUUAUUUUGGAUUCCACUAAAGAUAAAGCUUGUGAUAUAGAAAAAAGAAAAAACAGGUCUUCAAUUAAAAACAGACUGGCGGCCAUGUAUAAAACAAGCCGAAAAUUUUCUAGUAAGAAAAUCUUAAGCCCCAAGCCACACAUAAGUAACAUAUUUUCACAGAACGAUGCCCCUUUGGAGAUCAGCAGCCCUCACAGCAUGUUGAUUUUGCCUCAUGUUCCACCAUUGCUUCUUCAAACAGGAAAUGAGAACCAGAAUCGCAACCCUCUAGCUGAUGAAUUUGAUAACAUGGUGCUUGAGAAACCUGAGAAAAAGAAAUCACAAACUAAUGAGGGCUCUCCGCUGUUUACCAAUGAGGUUAGAAGACCUUUUACAAACCUGUGUAACCAAAAAAGGGAAAGUCCCAGACAAAGUGAUAAAAAAACUGAGACCACCCACAGUUCUACAGCCUUAUUUCCAAAGGAAAUCAUGUCCAUGAUAACUAGUCAUUCCCAAGCACGUGAAAGACUAGAAAAAAAUAAUUGCUCCAUUUCUUCCAGAAUUACAGUUGCAGAUCCAAAACAAAUGAAAAAGGAUGUAAGUAAUGCUGGCGACCCUUUCGUUUUUCCACUUUCAUCUGAUAAUAAUUCAAACAUUCUUAAUAAAAAGGCACAUAUGUGUCCACUGCAAAAGAUGAUUUCCCCUAAGGAAUAUGACCACUAUCAAAACAUCAAGCAGUCAAACAGGGUAAGAAAGCUAAACUUACCCUGUGUUGAGCCAGUCUUAAAUCCCAGCAAAACCCAACGUGAACGGCAUUUUUCUGAAAGUUCCUAUACACAAGAGCCCCAUGUUCACCUGGCCUCCAGAAGCAACCUGAUAAGCCAUGGUAGUAGGUAUAGUCGAAAGUUUAAAUCCCACUCUGAACUGUUGUCUUGUGAUGAAAAUGAGAACUGGGAGACAGAGAAUGAAAGUAACAGGACCUUUGGUUCUAGGCGUGUGUUGUACCCAUCAAUUGAGUUUGGCAUUUUUGGAAAAGAGCAACAACAGGCUUUCUUGGAUAACAUUAAGAGGUCACUCACAGAAGGUAGGUUGUGGACGCCAUGUCUUCUGAAGAGCCCUAGUUCUCUGAGAAAGGAAAAGGAUUGUUCCUUAAGCAGGUCAGAGCUGUUGAGCUCAGGUUUUGCUGAGAAAAUGCCAUCAGCUGGGGGGUCAUCCCCAAGUGAACCAGUUGAUGCCCGGGGAGAAGAACCUACAGAUUAUUCAGAUUCUGACUCUGACACCACUACGGAUGAUGAAUACUACCUGGAUGAGAAUGACAAAGAGUCAGAACUUUGAGGGGCUCUAAGGCAUGAUGAAGAAAAAAAACUUUACUGAAAUGCUAACUUGUCAGUUCUUAGGUAGAUUAUAAAAUAUUUGAGAUCAAGAGCCUCAGUGGAUUCCAGUUGAUCACCAACCCUAAAUACACACAUUGUCAGAAUCACCCCACAAAUCACAGAGCUUGUUCUUCAAUGCAAAAUUGGGUCGUUUCCAUAGAAUUCUUAAAGAGCAAGUUUCAGUCCCUCAUGACAAUGUAAAAAAGUGCUGGGAAUGUUAGUAAAGGGUCUCAAAUAGGCUUGCUAGCUGUCUUCCCCUCCCCCCUCUCCAGAUUAGGCCUUCUGUGCCCACAAUAACUGCAUAAUGAGCAGUUGUGAAACUUUUCAUGGCAUGCAGAUUCAGCAGUGGGGAAAAAGUAUCUGCUGAAUUUAUGUCUCUUCAUGGUAAGGGAGCCCUGUAAGCAAAAGGCUUGGAUAUCUUAUUCUGAAUAUAGAGCAAGUAUGGGGAAUCCUUGGCCCUCCAGAUAUUGCAGAACUAUAACUCCCAUCAUCCCUGGCCAUUGCCCAUAAUUGCUGGGGCUGAUUGGAGCUGUAGUUCUGCAACAUCUGGAGGACCAAAGGUUCUCCACACCUGAUAUAGAGAGUGGUUGUAUCAGUGUUCUUUUGAUCAGGGAUGCACUCAGCAAAGUUUAUAUGGCCUAUGCACACCCAUGUUGCCCCCUCCAUGUUCCAUCAAUCCCAACUUUUCUUCCCCAGUAAGCUGCAAAAAAUAAUGGGCAUGGGUGGUAGAGUAGGUUGGAAAUAUGUAUGUAUUUAAUAGCUAAUGUGAAUAUGUUUUCUUUUAAUUGGGAAGGCAAAUGAAUGUUUAAUAUAUUUAAACAUUGGAGCAAUGUUUGGUGGAUUGUAACCCAAGAGCAUGACUCAGCCAAAGUUAAAAGAAUUUCAAAUCCCACUGAUACUGGGUGAGAGGCUCUCCCAUUGAAAUCAGUGUGACUAAAAAGUACACUUUGACUGAUUUGUGCCCCAUAUGUGUGUGUUUUAUCAACAAGUAUCAAUGCUUGAAAAAUGGCACACAAGUUUGUCUCUUUUAAAAUACUGACUACUUCGUUAAAGAAGUAUGCACACGAGGUGGGUGUGCUUUUAAAUAUUCUUUAGUAUUGCUGUUGGUUAUACUUGAAAUUACUAAUAAACUACAUAUUUAUGCUCAGUGGUUUAUACGCUAUUCUUAUAGGAUUUUAAAGUGUAAGCCAACACACAUUUGUGUAAAAAUAUGUAUAUCUGUGUUGUUUAAAUAUGAAUUAUUUUGACAAGAAAUAUUCUGUCUGUGUUGGGCACAUGAUUCUAAUGUAAUAUAUACAUAGCCUUUUGUACCAUAAAAAGUUAUUGAAAACAGGUCCAAAUGACAAGACAUUCAGCAUCUGUAGUAAGCUGUACACAAGACAAAUGUUUACAUUGAAUUGUUCUAGAACUGUCUCCUUUUGUGCUUUGUACAGUAUUUGUAAAUAUUAUACGUACUUCAGAUUAAUUUUGAAGCAAAUUCUGCCUCUGGGUACUUAGUCUUGCUAAUCUUUCCAAAGUGUGCCAUGUAUACAAAGAAAAUGAGUAUACAUUCAGAUCAGUAGCAAAAUUUUGUUCUUUAUUUAUUUAAUGUUUGUAUAAAUGCUGGUGUAAGCAGAAGCAUCUCUAUUUCCAGUGCAAUCCUAUACAUGCCUACUCAGGUCUACUGAUCUCUGUGUACAUACUCCUAGUUGAAUGAUAGGACUGCAGCCUUAGUCUGUCUUAACGCCAGUUCAUAUGUUAACUGUCCAGGCUCUGUUGCAUGCUUAAGGAUUUAUAGGAGUGGUUUAUUCAUAUGAACAAUGUAUGAUCUGAGAAGAUGCAUGAAACUCCAUGGACCAGCUUCUAGAAAGCUUUUUUAAAAAGAUGUUUUUAAAGAUGCUGUUUUAAUUUGUUUUUAAAGAUGUUUUGUUUUAAUAUGUUUUAAAGUCUUUUGUUUUUAAGAUGUCUUAUAGUGGUUUUUAGUGUUUGUUUGCUGCUCUGGGCUCCUGGGAGGAACGGUGGGACAUAAAUUUAAUAAAUAAAUUAAUAAAAGUAGCAGCAGUACAAGCUCCAAAAGUGGAACUCUCUGAUGGAAGAUGAUCUACCAAAUUCCGAGAGUCCCCUUCUCUGCGUUACACUGUUCACACUAGAAGUGCAUUAAAUGUACAGGAAAACCAGCAAAGCUAAAGUGUGACACUCAGUAAUAAAUUUGAUCCAUAUGCCUCUAUGAUUCUUAUAGAUGUCAAUGCUCCAGAGCACACACAGCAUUUCCCUAAUGCUAUUUGUAUAUUCCUUUGACCUCACAGUUUUGCUACCUCCAUUGAAAUGAGCAAUGCAACCCACAAUGCACACACAUUUUAAUGUGUGUUUUGGAGCACACUUGGCAUACUAGAUUUAUGUGCUUAGCCACAAUCCCAUAAGACAUUCUACAUAUGCCAUCUGUCAGACGGGGAUACUUUCUAUUAAGUCUUUUUGGGUCUCCAGACAUCCUGUUUUGUUAGAAUAUAAUUUGGUUUAUGGUAGUGGUGGCCAGUCUUUUGGCAUCUGAGCCAUAAUUUAAGUCCAAAAGUGCCACUCUGAUAUGCACAAUGUAUAUGCAGCCCCCUGCAAAUCUCAGUGUCAUUUUGCCUCUAGCCCGCACAUGUGGGAGCAGUGCAGGACUGGAGAAACAGGCAAGAGGAGUGUGACUCAUAAGGCAGUAGUAGGGAACCUCUGCCUCAUGAGACUAAUUUGGUCCAGCAGACCUCCCCACUUGGUCUGUGAGGCCAUUUUGAUGAAGCAAUGCCCACCCACCCUACACCUGAUGUCAUAUGUGACUUCAGGUGUAGAGCAGGUAAAGAUACAGCUCCUUGCCAAAAGCAGGAUUUGUAGGCAUUGCUGAUUGGCAGCAACUGCAAAGCCCUGUAUGGAAAAUGGUCACCUGAUGUCCUGGUGAAGACAGGUAAACUGACAGGGUGGCUGGCUGGCUCAGCUGUCAAAAGUGACCCAUGGAGGUUAGGGGAUCUAAGCUUUAAGCUAUAUCGAUUCAGCGAUGGGGAACCUAUGGUAUUCCCAGACAUUGUUGGACUCCAACUCCCAUCAGCUCCAAACAGCAUUGCCAUUUGGCCAGGGAUAAUGGGAAUUGUAGUCCAGCAACAUCUGGAGGGCCACAGGUUCCCCAUCUCUGAUUAAAUCCUGCAGGCCCUUCUGUUUCUCUUUUGGAAUGCCAUGGUCUUCUGCAUUGUGGCUCCUAUGAUGCAGGUUGGCCACCCAUGUUCUAUGCAAAAAACCCUUCAACUUAAAAUAAGUUGUUAGUAUUAACUAUUACUAUUUUUUAAAUAAAG